GUUGUUGAGAGGCUGCAGAAGUCUCAGCUUCAGGUUUAUGUGGAACUGUUUCAGAAUGAGUUUGUCUCUCAAAAACUCGACAGCUUCUACGAUGCAACUAUUGAGAUAAACACAUAUACCUAUGGACUCGGUAUCAACGGAACCAUCACCGAAUACCCUUUCACAGCAGCAAGAUACAAACGGAAUCGAUGUUUGGGCAGAAAAGUAAUACCACCUUACAUGUCAGCCAUUGAACCCGGUGGCCUCUUAAAUUAUCUUGUGAGUCCUCUGUCCUUACCUCCGGCCGAAGCUCCAAACCUUGUUUUCACAAAUGCUGAUGUCAGUGAGCCACCACUACCUCCGGUAGCAAAAGCAUUAACCUCAUCAACCAAUGCAGGAGCACCUAGCGGACAAACCCGACUCCCUAUUUUUCUCUCUGGUUUUUUUGCCUCUCUUCUACUUAUGUGAGCAACGCUAGAUCUCAUCUCCUCUCUGUUUUAUAAUAUCUUUAGGCCUCGCGUGUUUUUCCUUGGGUAAACUCAGUCAAAUCUUAAUUUGUAGCAACCAUAUUUUUCAUAAAAAUUCUUAUUCACUCUU